GCGCUCUGGAACCGCACAAUAGAACCAAUUGAUUGGAGGUUGCAUGCAGUAGGCGGAACCUGGACACGCUCAACAUCCCACAUUCAAUAGAUUAUGAGCUAAAUUUUUAUAGUGAACACAUUACAUUUACACAGCAAUUGAGAAGGAGCGUACACGGAUCUCAUAAAAUAUUGAUUGCCGUAUAACAGGUAACGGUGAAGAGCCACAAGACAAAGAAAAAACAGCAAAGAAGCGGAUGCAAGAUUCGUGUGGAGAUAUUCGGACUGAGUUCACAUUGGCACACUAGUUAUCUCUGACAGGUAACAAGCAUUCCUAGAGACACCUGGGUUGCUGAGAAGCUGCAGAGUGCAGAGCCCCUUCUGUGGGCUAUUUGUAGGGAGGGCAGCAGUGGAGACUAUUGUGUCUGCUGGAGCUGACAGGAGGGAGCAGACUCCUGAAGGAAAAGAGGAAAAGAAAAGAGGACAUCAGACACAGCCCACACACACACACAUCCAUCAGCACAAAGAUGAGUGACGAUAAAGCAGCUGAAAGCGUAGAACCUGCUCCACCAGCAGCAGCACCAGCGGCAGCACCAUCUCCAGCACCAGCAGCAGUACCAUCUCCAGCACCAGCAGCAGCACCAGCGGCAGCACCGGCGCCAGCAGAGAUGAACUCUAUUCCCAAUGGGAAAAGCCAUGAGCAUGGGGAGGAAACCACAGCGGCAGCCAAAACACCACCAGGAGACACCACAGAGCAGGAAAUUGUUCCUAAUAGUGUCCAAAAUGUCAGAAGUGAGGAUCCAGAGGCUAACCUUGCAGAGAGUCAGGAGUUCCUGUCUAGCAUGGAGGACAAGAAGACCACAGGCUUCACAGACUUUGAGGGGAAGACCUCUUUCGGAAUGUCAGUAUUCAACUUGGGCAACGCCAUCAUGGGAAGUGGAAUUCUGGGAUUGUCGUACGCCAUGGCCAACACAGGGGUCGUCCUAUUCCUGGUGCUCCUGACGGUAGUGGCUGUCCUCUCAUCUUACUCCAUCCACUUGCUACUCAAGUCCUCUGGCAUUGUGGGUAUCCGGGCGUAUGAGCAGCUGGGCCAAAGGGCGUUUGGAACGCCAGGCAAGAUGGCCGCCGGCAUCGCCAUUACACUGCAAAACAUCGGAGCCAUGUCCAGUUACCUGUACAUCGUGAAGUAUGAGUUCCCUCUGGUCAUCCAGGCCUUCCUGGGGGUUGACAAUCCAUCAGGUGAGUGGUACCUGACUGGGAACUACCUGGUCAUUAUGGUGUCCAUCAGUGUCAUCCUGCCUCUGGCUUUGAUGAAGCAGCUAGGGUACUUGGGCUACACCAGUGGCUUCUCCCUCACCUGCAUGGUCUUCUUCCUCAUCUCGGUCAUCUAUAAGAAGUUCCAUACCCCCUGUCCCUUUAUGGACUUUGCCUUUAACAGCACAGCCAGUGUGACUGCUGUUACCAACGACACAGGUUACAACCAAGCCUGUGUUCCCAAAAUGGUCAACCUCAACUCACAGACUGCCUACACCAUCCCCAUCCUGGCGUUUGCCUUUGUGUGCCACCCUGAGGUCCUGCCCAUCUACACUGAGCUCAAAAACCCAACCAAGCAAAGGAUGCAGCAUGUGUCCAACAUCUCCAUUGUAGUCAUGUACACCAUGUACUUCCUGGCUGCUCUGUUUGGAUACCUGACCUUCUAUGGUGAGGUGGAGUCAGAGCUGCUGCACACCUACAGCCGUUUGGACCCGUACGACACCCUGAUCCUCUGUGUCCGUCUGGCCGUGCUCACCGCUGUCACACUCACCGUCCCCAUAGUGCUCUUCCCUGUAAGGAGAGCCAUCCAGCAGUUGUUUUUCCCCAACAAGACAUUCUACUGGCCCCGCCACAUUGCCAUUGCUGUCACCCUGCUCACCCUCAUCAACAUGCUGGUCAUCUUCGCCCCUAACAUCCUGGGCAUCUUCGGCAUCAUUGGUGCCACAUCUGCCCCCUGCCUCAUCUUCAUCUUCCCUGCUGUCUUCUACAUCCGCAUUGUACCCGAAGAGGAGGAGCCCAUGCGCUCUACCCCCAAAAUCCUGGCUGCCUGCUUCGCUGGAAUAGGCUUCCUGUUUAUGGUAAUGAGCCUCAGCUUUAUCCUCAUUGAUUGGACGUCGGGGAGUAGCAAAGCCAGCAGCGGUCAUUAGGCUGCUUCUAUCAGUCUUCUGUUUUUAUAUUGUAAAUCUAGACCUAUAUUGUAUUUUCUCUGUGUUGUCAUGGAUCAUAUUUAGUAGAAGAUGCACUAUCUCUUCCUCCAGAAUGAGUGGGCCAUAGUGUCUAGAGAUGGGGAAUUCAAUCUUCUGGAGGUUUCUGCUCCCUGUUGGACUGCUUCUCACUCAAGGUACAUGGAAUUGUAGCCCCAGCCAAACUGUGUAUAGAGGGAAAGGCCAACAUACUUUCCUGGGGAAGACGAUAGUGCAUUAGAAACAAAUGGAAAGUCAUGCAGGCUCGCUGAAUCUGCCACCACCUCCCAUUCCAGCCCAGCCCUGCCCUCCAGACCAGACCCAUAAUCUAUUACCCUAUAAACGUGUAAUCUGUCAAUCACAGCAAGAAUCUAACUGCCACACGCUAGUCUAGAUAACCACAUAGCUUUCAGUAGGGGAGAAGAAGACACAACAGAUUGUUGGAGGCUGGACAGUUCUUUCCUAUUUGUAGGCCAAGUCUACUGUGUUAAGUUAUUGAUGUAGUUAGGUCAUGGCAAUAUUCGGUGCAAUAGCUGAGGAAAUGUGGCAUUAAAAGCUAAUGGACAGAGGCAGAGUGGUGGUUACUGUGGCAACGUCCAGUGACCCGUGCUGGUGUUGUCACCCCGGUGGCCAGAUGCCGUCCUUAAUCUACACGCUCGGCUUCACUCCUCACAGAUAUCUGAGGAUGGAACCAUGCAACUGAUAUGCAACUGUACAGUGUGUGCAGUGUUAUAACUCUACCAUUACAAUACAGUAUGAUAUAUAUAUACAGUAUCAGUCAAAAGUUUGGACACACCUACUCAUUCAAGGGUUUUACUUCAUUAUUUAUUAUUGUCUACAUUGUAGAAUAAUAGGGAAGACAUCAAAACUAUGAAAUAACACAUAUGGAAUCAUGUAGUAGACAAAAAAGUGUUAAACAAAUAUAUUGGAGAUUUGAGAUUCUUCAAAGUAGCCACCCUUUGCCUUGAUGACAGCUUUUCACACUCUUGGCAAUCUCUCAACCAGCUUCAUGAGGUAGUCACCUGGAAUGCAUUUCAAUUAACAGGUGCGCCUUGUUAAAAGUUAAUUUGUGGAAUUUCUUUCCUUCUUAAUGCGUUUGAGCCAAUCAGUUGUGUUGUGACAAGGUAGGGGUGGUAUACAGAAGAUAGCCCUAUUUGGUAAAAGACCAAGUCCAUAUUAUGGCAAGAACUGCUCAAAUAAGCAAAGAGAAACGACAGUCCAUCAUUACUUUAAGACAUGAAGCUCAGUCAAUGCCGAACAUUUCAAGAACUUUGAAAGUUUCUUCAAGUGCAGUCACAAAAACCAACAAGCGCUGUCCAAACCUUUGACUGGUACUGUAUAUACAGAGAUAUAUAUUUUUUUCUCCAUUAUUUUUAUUUCCAGUCUAUCCUCAGCAACAGUAUCAAGGCUGGCAUUUCACAUUGGUGUGUCUCUUCGAUAUGUGCACUGAACUAUAUCAGAAUAGCUUUUUCAUUGUUCGAGGAGCAGCUCUGAUGUCUAAAAUGGAAGGAAAGCCUGGCUAUGAGCUGCCUCCUCAGCCUGGCUAUGAGCUGCCUCCUCAGCCUGGCUAUGAGCUGCCUCCUCAGCCUGGCUAUGACCUGCCUCCUCAGCCUGGCUAUGACCUGCCUCCUCAGCCUGGCUAUGACCUGCCUCCUCAGCCUGGCUAUGAGCUGCCUCUUCAGCCUGGCUAUGAGCUGCCUCCUCAGUAUGAGAGUCUGUUAUCGAGGUGUUGGAGGUGGAGGGUACUGUGAACCUCAUCCUGGAUCAGUGGGGCUGUAUAUCUCUGCAUCGUCAUGAUUUGAUAUUGAGAGGGCUGACUGAUCUAGGACCAGUGUUCUAAGUAUCAGAGGAGGCUCUCUACCCAGGUUUGUUGUCGUGUUGUUUCUGAACAUUUACUAAGAGUAAUCAGAGAUAAACAAAAAAAUAUUUUAAAAACUCACAGGGUCAAUUCAUUACGUGGAGAAUCAAGGAUGGCGUGUGUAAAUAUUGUUAUUUCCAGGACAAGCCCGUUUUUGAGCUUGCUCCCUAACUAAAGUUUAUUCUAGUGACAUGGUGUCAUGGUGAGAACACAAUGUGGUGUCAAUGUCUCUCUAACACCCCUGCAAAGUAGGUGGUUAGUUAUAGCACUGUCAGCUGAUAAGCACAACUUCUAACGAUAGCAAAUUAAUCAAUUGACAUGCAAACAAUUUAUUUGUAAGAUACUCAUACAUUUUAUAGAUAUGAUUUUAAUGGACUACCCUUUGUAAUAACAAUCAAUGAACAUGUGUCUAAAUCCUAAGUAAGUUAUAUAAUCCUGUGUAUGUUACAUUACAAAAAUAUAUGUAUUUACGGUCUAACAUGGUACAAGGAUGUUUCCUCCAACUACUUGAAGCUCUUUCUCUCCUGUUCUGUGUCUGCAUAGUGCUCAGCAGUCCUGCAAUGAUUUAAGUGCGAACAUGGUGUGUGAACAUGGUGUAUGUCUGUUCAUCUGCUUCAAUAUUGAAAGAACACAACUGUGUACAGUGGAUGUACUGUGAGGAUUGUAAGUGUGUCCAUGUUGUUGAAAUGAAGCAUGGAUGUAUUGUAUUUGAAUUGUGGUACUUAUACACUAUAUUGUAUUGUGAAACGACCAAGGGAUUCAUUAACCAUACGUGUAACUGAAGUGUUGAUCUCUUAUCAUUAUGCAGUAUUUAAUGAGCAUGUAAGAUUUAAAAGCCUGACUGAACCUUUCAUAAUUUCAGACUAGAGUGUUGUCAGGUAUGAGUGGCAUAUUAUUUCUGGUCAGUUUUCUAAACAUCCCUGUCUGCCAACUCCUUGUGUUGAGCAGGUUUGAUAGAUCAGGUGAAAUGUCCCUUGUCUCUCUCUGUUGUUUUGCUUGUGAUGAAGUUGCAGAUUCAACAUUACAUACAGUGAGUGCUGUAAUAUUGUACACGAGUAUUGUAUCAUUGUUCUGUCAAACCUAGUUGUGAGGGCAAAAAAAAGUCCUCUCAAUCAAUCAUUGAUCAACUCUUCAUCAGAGAAUGAUGACCAGUCUGCAUGUUCCAGUAGAGAUACUUGUCAGUAUCAGCCAGCUCAGCUCUGCUCUCUCUGUCUAUUACUCAUUUAUAUCAUAGCUUAACAUAGGAUUCUGUUUCCGUUUAGAUAAAGAUCAGUGUUUAAAGUCAGAUAUUUUAACAACAUGCUUGUGUUAUUCUGAUGCCAUAUACAACUGUUACCGGUAUGUUAUUCUGGGGAGGCAGGUAGCCUAGUGGUAGAAUGUUGGACUAGUAAUUGAAAGGUUGCAAGAUCGAAUACCUGAGCUGACAAGGUAAAAAUCUGUCGUUCUGCCCCUGAACAAGGCAGUUAACCCACUGUUCCUGGGCCGUCAUUGAAAAUAAGAAUUUGUUCUUAACUGACUUGCCUAGUUAAAUAAAAAUGUAAAAUCUCUGUGACAUACAGUAUCAGCCCUUAAAUGUUUUAUUUAUUAACACCAGGGGGCGACAUUGUAAAAGUGGCUGAUACCUUGACUAGUCUGGUAACUUGCUCCAUACAGUAUCAUACUCUCAUUUCCUUGUGUGAUUUAAUGAAAUUGGUAUAUGAGUUUAUAACAACUUUAAUUAAAUAUUGACUUCGGCCAGCAUUAUAAAUAAUGUAUAUAAAUGUAAACCCUUUUCAUUCAAUAUGCAUAUCUAGUUUGCAUAAUGUAAAUAGCAGGUACAGUUUUAGUUUGAUAAUUAAAAAGAUAAAUGUAAUCAUUUUUAAAGUGCUUUUAAACCUAUUUGCCCUUCAUUUUAUGUCUUUAUUUUCUUGUAUAUCAAUAUAUUUGAACACAUUGCUGGCAGUAAUUGUACUGUAAACAAUGUUGCAAUAAAAAUAAUAAAAUAA